UAGACCCUUAUUAAGGUCUGAAAACCUGGGAAACUUUGAUCGUCUAGUAUUCUUUAGAAUGUUGUUGAAUCACAACUCACAACGAUUCUUCUGUAAACCCAAGCGAAGGGUUCUGCUGCGACUACAUUGAAGCAAAGAAAGGCAAAGGAUGCAGAGGUUGUGCAGUAAAUUCCGUUAUCUCUCCGUUUUCUCAACCGGAAACCUCUCAUUACGCCCGGCCUCCCAUCGUCUCCUCCAUUCCCUUCCCCUGCUUCACGAUCCAGUCUCAUUACCCGCAAACAGAACCAUCUUUAAUCCCCUCUUUCACAAUGUUCCUCCACGAACACUGCCCCGGAUGGUGGACCUAGGGUUUCGUCCUUCUUCUGUCGCCGUUGUGUUAAAUCAAAGGCGCCAUUUUUCGUCGAAGGAGAGGAAGAGAAAGCCGGUAACUCCUGCUACGUCUAAGUUGAAGAAGAUUAAGAUGAAGUCCUACUCGUCCUUUAAGUACAGAUUCAAAACAUUGAACAAUGGGCAGAUUCGGCGAUGGAGGGCAGGGAAGCGACACAAUGCCCAUUUGAAGAUUCAGCAUGGGUAGACAAUUAGACAAUCGGUGUAAUGAAUCAGUAUAGAAUUGGAUGUUUAUACACUUUUAACUGUAAUGGUAAGAAUCCAACCUCAUUGCUCUUUUGGUUCUUCCAAAGUUAUAAAUUUACCAUGCCUCUUUCUGGUACUUACUUUUGUUAGAACUUCACUACCAAAUCAAAAAUAGAUCAUUGAAUCACCACUCAACAAGUUAUCAAGACAUCCAAUCCAGACUGAAAAGACUAUACUCUGCAUGAAAUUCAUGCACUUCAAAGUUCAAAUUUUAUUCUUUAUUUGCAUCAUUAUGGGAGUUGUGACAAAUUCUUUCUGGGCUUUGAUUUUCUUAAAAUUCUUCGAACUUUGGUGAUUGAUCCUGUGAUCCAUCAAAAAAAAAAAAAUUUAGCAACUUAUUAUCCUUAUCCAAUUCUUUAUGCCCUCUAUAUGCGUGUGGUACCAACAUCCUUUCCUUCUUUUGGCUAGUGAAUGGGCCUCACAACAUAUCCCUGCCCAAAACCCAACAUCCUUUCCUUCUUUUGGAUCCCAGAUCUCUGCUACAACAGCCAGAGAAUUUACCAGCAAGCUAGUUAGCACCUUCCAACAUCAUAUUUUGCAUGACUUCUAGUUUGUGACUUGUCUAUGAUGGACCCUAAAAUCUCUUGCAUAAUUUUUAUUUUAGACAUGCCACUAAGUUCCUUGUAUAGAUCUUUUAUUGCUUCACUUCUAUUCCUUCCACUUCCCCACUUCUUUACAUGUAUUCUCAUAAAUAUAUAAUGUUUUCAUUAUCAAAAUAAGGCAUUGGUCUCUCAGACCCAUAGGAAAGGGACCUUUCAAUUUUGUACUUCUUCAGAGAUGUAUUACAGGACUAUAAGUGUUCAUUGCACUGAUAAAUUCUGCUUGUAGCAGUAAUUUUUGGAUCAUAAAAUUCUGUUCCAUUCUCAAAUCUUCUCAUUUUCUUUUAUUAGUUGUCUUCUCUUUUCUGUCAUACCUAUUCUUUUGAUUCGGACACAAUAUAGUAUAUAAAGAUAUCUGCAAAUAUAUUAGACUAUGCAAUUCAUUUUUAUAUUUCAAAGCAAUUCAUAUGCCUUGUUCUUCUCUGCACAUGUAAUUAUCAAAUGCAGUAAGUUCCCAGUGUAGGUAGGUAAUUUAUCAUAGCAUUUUAAUAAUUAUGUAAGCAUAGAGACAAAAUAUUUUUUAUGUUGAUUCUUAUCUCUCUUACUAUUGGUAUCAUUCUUCAAUCCUUGCAAAUAGCUAAAUAAGAGCCACUAAAACAAAUUUAAAUCAAAGUAAUGCCAGAUUUGAGUUUUCCCCCUCUGUUAGGUGAUUGUGAUGCAAUAGGACCCACAAACUAUAUUCUAGAGGUGAAGACUUGAGUAUCAGUCUAUCAGAGAAGUUACAUUAGACGUACUUAAAAGGAAAAAGAAUAAAAGGAAACACAACAUUUUGGAUCAUUAAUUGCCCUUUCCCUUUAGUGGUAAUGUUUCUUUUAUAAUAAAAGCUGUAACUUAUUAAGAGACUGGCAGGCAGUUGCUAGCUCUCAUAGCUCAAGAUCACCAAGGAUAGUUCAGUGGUUCCCACCAACAGAUGGAAGGCUUAAAUUAAACUUCGAUGACUGCUGUUUGGGAAAUCCAGGAGAGUCAGGAGUUGGGAGCGUAGUGAGAGAUGAAACUGGUAAUAUCCCUUCUUAGUUUCUCAGGUCCAAUUGAACAUGGGAUCUCUCUUAGGCUGUUGGCAGUCAUACAAGGGUUGGAACUUUUAAGGUUAAAGGGGUGGAAAGAAGUGGACAUUGAGGGAGAUUGCCACGGUUAUUUAUUGGCUGAAGAACAGAGAAGAAACUCCUUGGAGGAUGAGGCCUUUGGAAAGACAGGCACUAACCCUAGGGGAUCCCUUGAACACCUUAUUAAUUGGGGUUGCCCAGGGCGAGGUUGUAAUUUGUAACUUGUUAGUCUAUAGUCUUUCUUUUUCUUCUUUAUUUUUGCUUAGCUUCAUCUUUGUACUUGGCCUCUUGUUUCUUUAGGGCUGGUCUGAUUUAUUCUGGGUUUUUUCAGAUCCUUAAUGAAUGGUUUUUACUUGUUACUUGUCAAUAAAUAAAUAAAAGCUGUAAUUUUCUGGAUAAUUAUCUAUUUCAGAUUUGGUAGAAUCUGCAUCUAAAAGCUAUUUGCAACAUCUAGGAAAUCCACUUUUAUGCUAUGUAAAUAUCUCAUUGUUUUGGACCUACAAACAUUGUCAAAGGUCAUUUAUAAUGCUGACAACUGAAAGUAGGGCUUUACUGUUUGGUGUUAUUACUAAGUGCACAUAAAAAAUAUAUUUAUGCAUUGAACUUAUUAUUUUUGUUAUUUAGACCUAUGGCUCUUAUAAGAACUUUUUUUUUUGAAACCUUUCUUGCAAGAGGAUCUACUAAAUUGCUUAUCUUGGAAUCCACCUUAGUUCAAGCCUGUUGCAAGAGCUUUGGCUUUUCCAAGUAAGAACCUAGGGUCCAUGGAACUUCUAUGCUGAAGUGAAGGAUAACCAAUUGAUAAAUACUUGACAGUCAGGCAAUCCCCUUCAACUAUCAUGUUGGACCAUCCUGAUGAAGAAGCUUGUUCUUUUUAAUUUUUUUUCCUUGAAGGAAUACCAUCACCGAAAAUUCUGGCUUUAAAGGUAUCGCUUCACCACCUGGGCUGGAGUAUCUAAGAUUCUAAGUAUUUCCCUUGUGAUUUCUAAAAUACCCUCAAUUCUAGAGGUUGCAGGAUCUCCCUCAGACAGCAACCAUCAAAGUGUAACUUCCUCUGAGUCACCACUCCAACGCAGGUUGUUGUCUUCUAGUGAAAUGGAGUCCAUUGAAUCCCCUUUAAAGUCCUCUGUCAUUGCCCAAUGUGUGGCUCUCACCAUGAUAAGGCCAUUAAUAAAUUGAAUUUUGACGGCAGCAGCGAAGGAAACCCCGGCCCUUCAUGUAUAGGAGGAGUGUUCAGGGAUGAAGAAGGUCGAAUUAUGGCCAUGUUUUCAGGGCCUAUAGGUUGGGGGGAUUCUCUGAGAGCUGAAAUUUCAGCAGUAUUAGAAGGAAUAAAAAGAGCCAAACAGCUGAACAUUAUGAAGCUGCUGGUGGAGGGUGAUUCUAAACUGGCUGCAGAAGGAAGAGGCUAGUUUAUGGAAGUUCUCGAAUGAAAAAAAGAAAAUUUACCAGCUCACUCAAGACAUGCAAAUUCAGUUUCAGUGGUCCAAGAGGAGUGCCAAUUCUUUUGCAGAUUAUCUAGCUAAACAAGGGGUGGGAAGAACUAGUUUCUUUUGGGCUGUAUUGUAAUGUGAUGUUUUAUUUUUAGGGUGGGGUAAGAGAUUUUACCCCCCCUUCUUGUUGUAUCUUUUCCAUCUCCUUUUAUUAAUAAAAGUUUCUGUUAUUGAUCAAAAAAUAAUAAUUUAUAGGCCAUUAAUAAUUUGGUACAAUGCCACA